UUCUUCUCUUUUAAAACCUUUUAUCUCUCUCUCUCUCUUUCUUCAAAGUUCGUCGUGCACAGAGAGAUAAUAAAGAUACAAAAUUAAAAAAAAAAAAAUGAGAGGACUCUCAAUAACCACGGUGGCGAUUCUCGCGAUUCUAGUCAUUCUCACCGUUCAGUACUGGUCCGUCGCGGUGUCUUCUCAGUCCGUCGAAUUCGUCUCUCCGAUCGAGACAGAGUGCCGUGGUACUAUAGCAGAGUGCUCUGUUUCCGCCGCCCUCGGAGACGAAGGAGAUCUAUUCUACGGCGGAGCGGAGUUCGAGAUGGAUUCGGAGAUCAACCGGCGUAUGUUAGCGGCGAGGAGGUACAUAAGCUACGGUGCGCUUAGGAGAAACACUGUUCCCUGCUCACGACGCGGCGCGUCUUACUACAAUUGCAGACGUGGAGCUCAGGCCAACCCUUACUCUCGCGGCUGCAGCGCCAUCACUCGCUGCCGGCGCUGAAUCUUUGUAACUCUCUUUAAAUCUUUCUUUCUUUUUAAAAAAAUUAUUUUUUCUAUUUUUCUGAUAUAUAAUUUUCAGAAAUUUCUUCUCUUUUUUUUUGCCGGUUUAAUAUUAUCUAAGUUCAUUACGCAUUAGAUUUCGUUACAGAUAUAUUGUAAAUGUUUAUGAGAAUUUAUCUCUGUUAUUGAUGUAAGUUUGUUACAUAAACCACAAAAACAAAAAACAAAAAUUAUGGAAUAAAUACAUUAUUAAUUUAUA